AGUACAUAUGCACUGGGAAACUGAAAGUAGACCACUAUUAUAUAUAAGUAAAACUUUUGAAAUAUGGAUAAAAUAUCAGAUGUCAUAAUUUCUGAUUGCGAUAAAUCAAGAUAUAUCAAACCACUUAGACUGACAUAUCAACAGAAUGGAAUAAAAAAGAUUUGGGAUGCAAUGACUGUUCAUGAUAGUGUUGUGAUCCUCAUCUACAAUGUUACAAGACAUGUCUUGGUGUUUGUUAAACAGUUCAGACCUGCUGUAUACCUUUGCAGUUCGAAAGUUUCAGAAGUGGAUGGACAACAGGUUAUUAAUCAUGAAGAUAAUCCAGCUAGUUUAGGUUUAACAUAUGAACUUUGUGCUGGUAUUGUUGAUAAAGAUACCAGUUUAGAACAAAUAGCUCAGGCAGAGGUAUUGGAGGAGUGUGGGUAUAAAGUACCUCUUGAUAGACUUGAAAGAAUGUGUUCUUGUAGAGCUGGUGUUGGAACUGCUGGGGCUUUACAAACAAUGUAUUUUGCUGAAGUGACAGAUGCUAUGAGGGUUUCUAAAGGAGGAGGGAUAGAAGAAGAGGGAGAAAUGAUAGAUGUAGUAGAUAUAUCUGUUUCAGAGGCCAUGGACUUUGUCAUGGAUGAUAAUGUAAACAAACCUGUUGGAAUGAUGUUUGCAGUGUUAUGGUUCUUUCAGAACAAAAAUAAACAUUAUUCCUCAAAAAUUUGACCAACAAACUGUAAUAGGGUUAUUACUAGUAUUCUACAAAAAAAAAACAAUUUGAUGCACAUGCUCUUUGUGUUUUAUUGUAUAAUGGCAGCAUUUUGAUAUUGUUUUCACAAUUUUAGUAACUUUUUGGUUAAGCUAACAUGAAAUGUCAUAAUUGUGAUAGAUUAUACCUAAUUCAAAAAAACUUGACCUUUGUCAGUCUUUUUUCCAAUGUUCAUACAAUCAGAUUUUUGUAACAGAUUCUUUAGCAUCAGUGACUUAAUCUAAAGCAUACACAUAUAGCUUUUUUGUUGAUCUGCAUUUUUGGAUUGCAAAUAUUGUGUUGGCUUAAAGGUGACAUUUUUUUAAACAUAUUUUUAGAGAUUAAUUAUUCCCAAAUAAAAGGAAACAUUUACUGAUAAAAUAAAGUUACUGUGGAAAUA